AUGCGCCGUGCAGGCAGCGAGCUCGAGGCCCUGGCUGGCGGCCUGGCCGCCGUGGCGCUGCUGUCCGGGUGUUGCCUGCGCCGCUACGCGGAGCGGGGCGUGAACCGGCUCGCCUUCCUGGCCUCGGUCCUCGGCGCCACGCUGGGCCUCAGCGUCAUCGCGGUGGUCCCCUACGACGUCUGGGCGUCGCUGGCAAUCGCGGAGUCUCAGCGGACUGGCAGCACCUCCGAGCUGCCGGCCAAGGAGUCGAUCGGCCACUGCUGGGCAGCCAUCUAUUGGGCGACGACGUUGCUGUGCUACGUAGUCUGCCCCGUGCUGAUGGAGUUCGAGGCGUCGGGCGAUUUCACCGUUCGCGCCAAGCUGCGCACGUCGCUGCGGCGGAACGCCGUCUACUACGUGUGCCAGACGGUCGUCGGAGCCGUGGUGCUCGUUUGGCUCAUACUGACGGGGGAGGUGCAGGGCAGCCUCGAGGGCUUCUGCAUCGCCGCGUCCAACGCAUGGGGACUGCUGCUGCUGACGGUGCUGAUGGGCUACGGGCUGGUGGCCGUGCCUCGCCACAUGAUCCAGCUGGCAGACCCCGCGGGACAGCUCCGCAAGCUGUACGCGCAGACCGCGGCCAGAGACGAGGCCCGCCUCAGCUGCCUGUUCGAGCUGCAGGACCUCAUCCAGCAGGUCCGCGCCGCCCUGGCGAUGCGCGACCAGACGGAGCCAUGCGCCGAGGAGCUGGAGCUGCCGGAGCCCGCCAGGAGCGCGGCCCAGGCCGCGCUCGGGACGCUGCACCGGAGCCUCAGCAAGUGCGAGAGGCUUUACCAGGACCUGAACAGCAGCAGCGCGCCCGUCGCCGCCCCCGGGCGGGCCGCCACCUCGCUCCCUGCCAGCCCCGCCAGGGCGGUCUCUUCGGCGGAGCUCGAGGAGGGAGGCGCGGAGGAGCCCCUCGCUGGGGGCCGGGGGGCCGGAGGAGGCGGGGCGUUGCUGGAGCGGAGGCUGCGGAACGCGGCCGGCGGCCUGGAGCGGCUGGCGGAGCUGCACAGGUCUCUGAAGGCCGCUGGGCUCGAGGCCAGGAGGGCGGCGUGCACCUGGGAGAGCCACGUGCACAGGUGCAUGUUCUUCGAGGACCUCGAGGGCUCCCAGUUCAAAGCGGCCGCGGAGCUGAUGGGCUGCGCUCCGCGGCCUGGACUGGCGCAGGGCUGCUGCAGCCGCACGUGCCUGCGGCUGGGCCAGUGCUGGCUGUCCGCCGUCGCGCUGUGGCUCCGGGCCUUCCGCGCGAGGGCGCUGCGUGCGGCCGGCUGGCUCUGCGGCGCCAUCAGCGCCGUGAUCGUCGUGGGGCAGCUUACCAUCUUCAGGAGGGGCUGGUCGCUGUCGCUUCUGUCGCUGCUGUUCCGGCAGGACUGCGGGCCGUGGUGGACUCAGGCAUUCUGCAUCGUGCCGCUGGGGUACAUGACCUACACGGUCUACUUCAGCAUCUUCAGCUUCAGGAUCGGCGGCUGGUUCGGCCUCUACACGAACCACAGCACCGAUACGGGGAGCCUCCUGUGGUGCGCGUCCAUACUGGCACGCCUCUCGGCGCCGCUCUGCUACCACUUCCUCCUGCUCAUCCGUGUGGAGGGCACGACGUUCCAGGACUUCAUGGGCGCCAUGAACGUCGUGCCCGUGCUCGGCGAGUCUGUCAACAGCUACUUCCCGCUCCUCGUCGCGGUGCUGUGCUGCCUCAAUUUGCUGAAUGUCUACGCUCGGAUCAUGCAGUGCCUCAGCUUCGGCACGGUCGAGCUCGACCUGGCGGCGGGCGGCGACAGAGAGCACCCCCUGUCGGAGGGGAGGCAGCUGAUUGAGCGGGAGAGGCGCCGCAGGGCCGAGGAAUGCGCCAUGGAGCUGAAGGACCGCAGCGAGCCCGGGCCGCUGGCCGCCCCGCUGGCCGCGCCGGCGGGCUGA